AUGGCGCAAGCCCUGGAGUUGGCAGAGCCCAACGUGAUAGACGAGGAGCUCAUCAGAAACUGCAUCACCACAGUGGAAGAGAUCAGCAUAUCUGAAGACAAGAAGCGAGAGUUCAAACAAGAGACUGCAUUGGAAGACAUACAGGCAUUGACCUUCAGCUUCCAAAACAUAUUGAAGAUCGACAAUCUUCAUGGAUUACUCUCCCUGGUAAAGUUACAGCUGGACAACAAUAUCAUCGAGAAGAUUGAAAAUAUUUCUCAUCUCACUAACCUAGAAUGGCUUGAUUUGUCUUUCAACAACAUUGGAACGAUCGAAGGGCUCGAGAGUCUCAUCAAGUUAACAGAUUUGAGGAUCGAACGAUUGAAGAACUUACAAACAUUGACGAACUUGAACUGUCUAUCAAUAGGAAACAAUCAAAUCACGGAUGUUGUCAAUGCGAUUCACUACCUUCGACCUUUUCCGAACUUACGAAUUCUAAACAUGCAAGGGAAUCCAUGCAGCAAGGAUCCAGAAUAUCACAUGAGAAUCAUCGCCCACUUGAAGGACAUUGUGUAUGUGGACUACCGACUUGUUGAUCCUGAUCAGGUUCAAAGUGCGAGGGAGCACUUUCAAGAUGAAUUGUUUGAGGUGUAUGAAGAAGAAAAGCGGAAAGCUGAAGAGAUGCAGAAAGUAGAGGAACUACAUCAGCGACAACAACAGCUGAAGGACGCAAACUUAGAAGGGAUCAACACCCUGUUAGAUGAAAUGUUGAAAGAUGACACAGAGCAAGAAAAACUCAAAAAUCUUACUUUCUGGCCUGAAGUCAUCGACGAGUUGCAACAUGAGUUCAGGCUGUUGUCAGAAGAAUUCAUUGAAAACACAAUCAAAGAAAAUGUCAAGAAAGAAAAUGAAAGAAGCGUUUUUGAAAAUGCCCUGAAUAGAAAUAGAGAGGAAAAAGAUGAAGCCUCUAUCAGCCUUGUACACAAAUUCAACUUGAAGAAGAAACAUCUUAUCCGACAGUUGGAAGAAGAUAAUAUAAGGGAGGAAGAGGCUGUCGCCUACCUCAAGGAACUACAAGAGAGCAAUUUGGAGCUCAACGAUGACUUGUUGGAAAUCGAGUUGCGUCAGAUGGAAGAUGAUGAUCAAAUCUUAUCAGACUUCGAACGGCGAUAUGGCGAUCUAGUCAACAAGUUUGUGGAGUCAGCACAGAACGAAUUCUUCUCAAAAGCGCGUGAGCUCGAGAACAACUUCUAUCAGAACUCGCUACGGAUGAUUCAGGAGGAGCUAGAGCACUUUGCCGCUGGACAACUGGAUGAGCUGACACCUGAAGCAGCCAUGGUUCUAGGAGACAAGGAGCUCAUCCUCGCAUCCAUGAAUACUUCCCAUGACAUCCACCUUGGAAAGAUUGACGGGUUAGAAGAUAAGAUCGUCACAAACGAAAGGAAGAACUUUCACUCUAUGAUGGAAAAGGAUAGGAAAGACUCAGUAAAAAGAGACAGAUCUAGAAUCACGGAGAUAGGAGCCAUCAUCUCAAGGAACAAGCAUGAGAUAGAAGAACUUCUGAGAGAGAUGGAGCCAUGAGAGCAAGAGACUGCAACCUGCCUCUGACGAUGGUCUCAUUGAUUCUUGUUGUCUGGUAACCACAUCCUAGACAUCUCUUGCACCUCCUGCAAAUCCUCGGGAGUGCCGUACUCUUGCGCCUCGUAAGUGAAGAUUGAGAUGACC